GGUAUAACAAGGCACAGUAAAUUCGUCGUUUCUAUCCGACCAAGGUCGAAGUUGGAGGAAAAACAAACGGAAUUGAUUUGUGACUUCAAGGACGCUACGGGUAUGCUUAUUCAAGUUUUAACUUAACACUUGUUAACUGUUAAGUGCUACCAUAUUUAGGAGUAAGUAAUAGGUUAAGGGAACUACCAUCACCAAGUCUAAUUUCACUGUCCAUCGAUUACUAACAACAAUAUACCUGAAGACUGAGCACAAACCUGUUUACGACUGGAAACUUCCCAACCUGUUCGGAAAUCCUAUCGCGGCCAUGUUCGUAGUUCUCUCGGCGUUAAUUGUUGCAUGUUUGGAUCAGAUCGUAUGCUUUGGCGUGGGUCCUGUCACAUCACCUGCUACUUUUCGAAUUGGCUCAAAUGAUUCAAACAUACUAUUGCAAGGCUAUAUAAAUAUAACUUUGGCUUACACAAAGGUUCAAAAACCACCUGUUGUAGUUUCAAUUGAUUCGGCAACUCAGGGAGGAUUUCAAGUUUCGGGUUAUUUCGAAAAGGAGAUAGAAAGUUUGGACUUAUCUUGGAAAACAGAUUGGUCAAACAGUACUUGGAACCUAACAUUUCAAUUCGCCAAGUCUGAAAAUAGUUACAACCUCAGUGAAAUUAGCUUACUUUAUGAACUGGAUGAUUUGCCGGGUUUAAGAUAUGCAUCAAAUAACCGUUCACUAUUUUCCGUUACAAUCGGUUCAUACUAUUCUUGUCAAGCUGAACAGAACAUAGUUUUAAACCAUUCCACACCGAAUCCUGUAACUGUUAAACUAACUUUGUCUCAGUUGAGAGUUCAAGCAUUCAGACAUGGUUUAGAGCCUGAAUUUAAUGGUAUCAUGGUUCAGUGCUUACUCGACUAUCAUUUAGAUAGAGUUGUUCCAAUUGUCAUUGGUAUAUCGUUAGCGGUAAUGAUUAUCGUUGCGCUGAUCGCAUUCAUUAUCACAAGUCGACGUAAUUGGAAUAUCAGUGGAAGCAGUGGCAGUGGUGGCUACCAACAAAUCUGAGUGUAUGAAGAGACCUGACUAUAUAUAUAUGACUAUUAAUAACAAUGGUUUAUGAUCCAACUUGGCCUAUGAUUUGCUAUUUGUAUGCCAUGUGGAAACAAUUUGUUCAUAAUUACUACGAUAAUUAUACCUGUAAUUUUUUUCCGGUUCUUAAAAAAUUGAUUACUGAAAUUUCUUGACUACUCCUUGGAGCCCGUUUUAUUUUGUUUAUUUGGAUCUAUCCGUUUUUUCUAAUUGCAUACAUGCUUUAAAUCCCUUAUCAUCAAACACCAAUAAGAUAUUACGCUGUUCUUCUGUACUGAAUCUCAUAGAUACAUAAUCGUUAUUUAUUUUGGUUAAUUUACUCAAAAUAAUCUCUUCAAUAUAUAUAUAUAUAUAUUUAAUUUACCUAAUUUAUUUCAGACAGAAAAGAAAAUAUUUUUCCAGUUUUCUAGUUUUACUGAGUUUUGCAAUUAGCUAAAAUCCUGUUGAAAUUACUUUCUGUAAAGAAUUCUUUCUAUGUUGUAAUGAAUUUGACAGAACUAACAACAAUAGUCCAACCUUU